UUCGUCAGCUUGACGGAUAACAGUCGUUUAGUCUUCAAAUAUAAAGAAGAAAUUUUAGGAUUUUUUUUUUUUUCAUGUCGGCUUCUUCUUCUUCUUCCUCUCCUCGUUGUUUUUCUUCUUAUAGCCGUCUCCUCUCUGUAUAUCUCUCUCUACGUUUGAUGUUAUUUUUUUAUUUCUGAAUUUUGGGUAUUGAUGGAAGAAGGCAAAGCUGCAGAGAACAUCGCUUCCUUAUUGAAGAAAGUCGAUUUGAAUCCCAAUUUUAACCGUAAAUCUUCCUAUUUUGGCCCUACGUUCCAAUCCUCCAGAUUGAUCCGGAAGAGGACAGAACCUCCAAGUUUAGUGAGUUUGUGCCUUGGAGUUGUUGGAAAGCAUUUGGAGGAUAUAAUUGCAGACUUGAGUGAGAUUGUCAUUUGCUUUCCGGCACAAAUUAAGAUGGCAAUCGCAGCAAUUUCCAGGAGAAGGAAAUUACUAAAUGAUGAUGUCAUCAUUUCGUUAGCUGAUAGUUCCUGGGAAAUUCUUGACCUUUCUGGCUCUGAUGUCACUGAUUCUGGUUUAAUGAAAGUAGCCGAACUCUGCAAAUUUCUUCGAGCUGUGGAUAUAAGCCGAUGCAAUAAAAUUACUGCUGAUGGUGUUUCUGAACUCAUUCGGUACUGCAAGUCAUUGCAGACAUUGAGAUGCGGAGGGUGCCCAAGGAGUGACUACACUGCACGUAACUGCUUGAGCAUAUUGAAACCAAAGCUGAAUGAUAUAGAGGGAGAUUCAUGGGAGGAACUAGAUACUGCUGAAAUUGGUCAUGGUGCAGAAUCCCUACGGUGGCUUGUGUGGCCCAAGAUUGAUAAUAAUUCAAUGGAGAUCUUGGCCACGGAGUGCCCACGAAUAAUAGUAAAUCCAAAGCCAUCACCCUUUGGAUUUAGAGGGAUCGAGCUUCCCAUAGAAGCAUUAGCAGAUAUUGCUCUCGAUGAUUCUGUUGUUAAGGAUAUUGAUCCCAAAACUUGGGCAGUAUGUGGAUUUACACCAAGGCCAGUUGCUCCCUCUGCUUCGAGCCCCAGUGAAUUAUCCAUGGCUGAAAAAUUUAGACUUGCAUUUGUGGAAAGAGACACACGCUUAGCACCAAAACGAGCUAAGAAUGCUAGGCAACAUCAACGCCGUGCAGAGAGGGAAUGGAUGAUGACCAGUACAGAAGGCAAGGCAUUAGCUUUGGCGUCUAAGGCAAGGAGAUCCCUACACAAUAAGAACUAGAAUCUAGCAUAUCCAAUCGUUUCCCCCCUGUGCUUGUAUAUUUUAAGCCAUCUUUUGUGCUCUUGUUCAUUGUAUUUUACGAUUUUGUAAAAUUACGGUUUUGGUUGAGCAAGUGGCAUAUUGGAAAGCAUUGAAAAUAUGAUGAAAGGUGAUGAGAUUUAUUUGUAGCAUGCGAAAGUGUUGUAACAGAAGCUGUCAGAGGAGAUUCUAUCUUGUAAUUUGUACUAUAAUAUUAAUCGCUGUUGAGGUAUAA